GCGCCAGUUGUUCAGCUAUGAUAAACAAACUUAAUCUUGAGGGAAGCACAACAUCUUGUGAGAUUUCAUAAAGCAGUAACUUAGGGUUAAAGUUAUUGUCGUGUGUGUUAGACCACAGGGUGUCGAUUAGUGCCAUACUAAAAACAAUAACCUUAAGAAAACAAUCAAAAUGGGUAGCACAGAUAAAGCCGUGAUCACGGGAUUUAUAUGCAGACUUUGUAGUAAAAUGAACCGUUUCGUGAUCCAUAUAUACGGUGAAGAGGGUGAAAGAAUGAAGCUCGCAGAGAAAAUAAAUGCUUAUCUUCCAAUUACGGUAAACAUGAAUGACCCAUUACCAAAAACAGCAUGUCUACAUUGUAUUGAAAGGCUAGAAGCUCAUCAUGAAUUAAUGGAGCAAUUUAUGUUCGCUAAACGAAGGUUAACUACAGAGAAUAAGUCACCGUCAGUAGCAUCAUCAUCCGCACAAACUGUUGAUACCGCACCAACGUCUAGCCCUCCUCGUGUUGACACAUAGAACUGAAAACAUUUUUUCGUUCGAAAUUAUUAAGCAUUCUUUGUAUCCUGUUUGGCUCAUUACUUUAGUAAUUUAUUGAUAGAAAAACAUAAUAUUAUCGAGCAAACUCAAUUUAUUUGGUAAUCUAUAAAAUUGUCAGAUUAGUUUGUUUGUUUUGAAUCUUAGUAUUUCUUUUUUCCAUUACAUGGAGCCAAUUACUAACAUAAUGAUCUUGUAAAAUAUUUAAGUUUUGUUUUGUUAUACCAUAAUGAACUAUUCAUGAGAAAAACAAAACAUCACAUCUAUUUCUUGCUUGAUUGGUAAUGAGCAAUCAUGAAAUUAGUGUUUAUAAUGCUUCAAACAUUCUUUUGAGCAUGCGUAAUAACAUUAUAAUAAUUGGAUUUAUAUUUUAUUUUAUGUAUUCUAUAUUACUUGCAUUAGAAAAUAUUUUCAGAUAUUCUUUAAUGACCUACAAUACUAUUGUACCUUUAAUACAUCUACAUUACUGAUGUACAAAGAUAAAUGGAGUAGAUAGGUGUAAUCAAGUAAUUUUCUUAGACAAUUAGAUAACACCAUAUGAAAUAACUGAAUACAAACGAAGAAAUUAAGAUUUAGUUAACAAUACUUUUACUAGCACUAUGUAUCAAAUAUACAAAAUUGUCAAUAUUACUGUACAUUAUAUUUUUCAUGUUCUAUUUCAUAUUUCAAUAUCAAUAGCUAAAACUUCAUUCUACACACACACAUAUA